AUGCCGAACCCUCACAGGGAUCCUCACAAUGAAACAGAGCAAGAUGAAGGGGAAAAAGUACCAAAUGCGUCGACUGCACACUCGCUGCAGAACCCUAGCAGCGGGGAAAGCUACAGUCGUUGCUCUGAUAUUAUCAAUUAUAUCUGUGGCAGGCCCAAAUCUGAUGCUUCCGGAAUCUUUGCCGUGCUACUUUUGAUUGAGAACCCUCAUUUAAUUUUGGAUUUCAUGGAAGAAGGCAUCAAUGAUCUAGACCUCCCCCUUUGUCUCAGGGAGAGUGAGAAGAACCAUCUCACACAGUAUUAUUUGGAUAAGAAAGUCAACGACUCUCUCACGCCCAUCAAAAGGUUCGACAAGUGGGGUUCUGUGCAAAGAUUUGCUUUCUUCAAUCACCAGUGGUGGGUAAAAUUACCGGUCUUCGAACAGAACAACAGCAAAUCGUUGGAUGCCCAUCCAGCCAUCCGCCUUCACGACGCAACUGUUUUACCGUGGAUAGACCACAAGCCAAUCUACCACAAGAAUUCGGAAGUUGUGCGUGUCAAAAUACAUGAUGCUCACCACAAUUUCGAAUCUGAGGAGAACAAGGCGUUUGCGAUCAAGUCUUUGAAAUCUGACGUGGUUGCUUUUCGACUCGAGGUUAAAGCUUUGAUGAAAAUCAAGCGCCGAAAACAUCUCGUCAAGUUGCUCACAACGUUUCAACAUCAGAAUCAGUACCAUCUAAUCUUCAGAUGGGCUGAGGGUGGAAACCUUGCGGAUAUGUGGAAGAAGCAUACUAGAGGCCCUAAAAUUGACCAUGACCGUAUAUGCUGGUUCGCUGAGCAGUGCCAUGGGCUUGCCAAUGGCCUUGAUGGGAUACAUGACACGAAAUUAUCACCAAAAGAGGUCGAUGACAUACAAGGAUCGCCCUCGCCAACGUCUCCCACGAAGCUUUCACCUCAAAUUCAACAUCUAACUGUCAAUCAAGAUGGAAAGCAUUCGAAUGAAUCACAAGAUCGAGACUGUGGAAGACAUGGUGACAUCAAGCCGGAGAAUGUCUUAUGGUUUAGCCAGGACCAGAAUCGAUUUGGUCACGGCGAGCUGAAGAUCUCGGAUUUUGGCUUAACAACCUUCCACAGCAUGCUCACGACCAAGGUCUCGCCGCGGGGAAUUGCAGUUACACACACAUACAUGGCUCCUGAGUACGACCUCAACGAGGAUUUGUCGCGACCUUUCGACAUCUGGUCCCUAGGCUGCACAUAUUUGGAAUUCAUAACCUGGAUGCUUCUCGGCGCAGACGGACUGGAACGCUUCUCGGAAGUUCGAUUGCAGGAAACAGGAUCCAACAAAAACUUUGUGUGCGACAACUUCUACAAGAUCAUCAGAGAUGGGAAAGACCGAUAUGCAAAGGUUAAGGAGUCAGUACAGACAUGGAUAGAGAUGCUCAAGCAGGAACAAAGGGUACCCUCCUUCCAGGACUCCACGAAGGAUGCGGAAAGCUCCAAAAGAAAGCGCAGCUUGGACGAGUGUGAUGAACCACGAACGAAGCGACUGUCAGAGCAGCACGGGUAG